UAGUCCCAGGAUUUAACCCCUCUCCCGAAUCACUUCCUGAUAGGCCACAAAUUCCAGGAAGCUCAAAUUGGAAAAAGCUCACACCAAAACCAAAGAGAACAAAUUUUAUUCAAAUACCAGACGAACCCAAAAACCCAUUUUCAACAAAUAUCACCAAUAGUACCGGCUUAGACCAAAGUAUACACCGUGGCUCGCGUCAAUCCUACAAAUCUGAACAUGAUGCUUUGAACUUGGCAGAAAGACAUGAGUUUGAGCGAUUCCGGGAUCAGAAUCCAUUUCUCGACGACGACGACUUUAACAGAUGGGAAGAUGAAGUGGAUGUUACUAGGCGAGUAGGAGGAGGGGGGGGGCAAAAUCUGUUUGAUGUAGCAGGAGGAGUACCAAACGAGAUCUUAGUGUUCAUGGAAGAUGAGGAAACUGGAGUUUUUUCAGCAAUACAGCAAAGCGACCUGACAGAUCCAUUUACAAGCUCUGGUAAUAUUGUGGAGCGGUCAUUGCACAUCGGAGAUAUCACUAAUACAUCGCAGCGCGGGUUUCCAGAGGACCAGCAUCAGGUUACUACUCAAGGACAAUAUCGGGAGCAACCACAUAAGGGACAGGAUAUUAGUCGACAAGAAUUAUUGGUUUCUGUGCCUGAUGAUAGCGCCUUUUCGCCACCUGUUCCCCAUCCUAUCAGUUCGGCAUUUACAAUGAGUCAACAAAGCAGCGGAAGUACAGCAGACAAGAGGAUGCUGAUGCAAGUGUUCGCACAGAAAACUCAUAUCGACAAUGCUGAAGAGAUUAUAUAUGGGACUUCUCCUCUGAAUGAACAAAAUGAUCCAGAAGAAGAGGCUACUAUGGACGACGAAUGGGAGGAUAUUAUUGAAGACGAGCAUGAGGACGAGGGACAAGCAAGAGUCGCUCAACAUCAAUCAUCUGAUAUUGUCUUAACUAUGGCUACGAAUGAAAAAAAAUCUGUUGAUGAUGUUAGGAUGGACUCGAACGCAACUGACGAAAACCCCGUUUCAAUUUUGGAUGACUUUAACGUGGAGAUCCCGUCCUUAAGUGAGGAGAUGGGGACAAGACAUGGCCAAUUGCUUAAGGAAAUGAGUCCAAAUGCAGAUGACAUUGCUAUUGCUGAUGAAGAUAUAAGUAAUGAAGGGCAAGCGCAGGCUGAUAGGCAUCGUAUCCUCGCUGAAGCGGGUCAGAGCCAGGAAGUUCGAGCCCUAAUAGAUGAAGGUCAAGGCCAUAAGGACCAAGCAUUAAUGGAAGAAGAUCGAGAUCGUGAGGUCCAAGGCCCUAUCAAUGAAAGCGAGGCAGAACAGCAACAACAAGAUGAAUAUGAGGAUGGAUACAUGAAUAUGAAUGAAGAGGAGCAUCUUGAGCACCUUGAGCACCUUGAGCACCUUGAGCACCAUGGGCAGUAUGGCCAAUUUGGUAUUCAGUACUUCGAUGACUUUCCUAGCGAGCUGGGCAUUAUGUCAAACGGAGAAGUGCUUCCAACAAGCCUGCCGAUUCCCAAAAAAAUCGUCCGGACCUCGACUGCAGGAAUUCCAGUCCCAUCUUUGCCGACUGCACUUCAAAAACAGCUUGUCCAUACGUUCUCAAGAUCCAGGAUUUCUCAGGAAGCUAUGGCAGUCAUUUUGGACGGAUCACACCAGUUUUUUGAACAGGCUUCAAAUGAUUUGACCGCAUAUGCAAAGCAUGCUGGUCGAAAGACUAUUAAUGAGUCUGAUGUGGAGUGCUUGAUGAAAAGGCUCAGGAUCACGAACGAAAAAGUCUCAGUAGAGUCAUUGCUGCAGCGGUACCUCCCCCGAGAGCUUCGUGAUAAGGUCCUCUUUCCAGAAGAUUUGCAAUACUUUCGCAGGAAAUAAUUUUACUGCUUUAUUGUUUUUGUCAUCUACACCAUAUGCUCUAGAUCACAGCACAUGCUUCCUCUUAUGGGCUUGCUACGUCUUGCAUUAUUAUACCAUCUCCGAUUAUCUUUUUUUUCCUCUGUACGCUUUUCGUCUUUGGUGACUUGUCAAUAUCAACUUAUAUUUUAUUUCUUUAAUUUUUUUUGCAACGCGUUGUAACAUACUAUAAACUCCAAACAAAGAUUUAAUCCCCAUUAUAGAAGAAUGCCAUCAUAAUUUAG